GGACGAAAAAUGGCUUCCCUUGACAGAGUGAAAGUGCUAGUUCUGGGAGAUUCGGGUGUUGGGAAGUCCUCACUUGUACACCUGCUGUGUCAGAACCAAGUCUUAGGAAACCCAUCAUGGACUGUAGGUUGCUCUGUGGACGUACGGGUCCAUGACUACAAAGAAGGCACACCAGAGGAAAAAACCUACUACAUAGAGUUAUGGGAUGUAGGAGGAUCUGUAGGCUGCGCCAGCAGUUUGAAAAGCACCAGAGCAGUCUUUUAUAACUCUGUCAAUGGCAUUGUGUUAGUUCACGACCUGACCAACAAGAAAUCCUCCCAAAAUCUGUAUCGCUGGUCACUUGAAGCCUUGAACAAAGACUCCUCCCCAACAGGGGUAAUUGUUUCGAAUGGUGAUUACGACCGAGAGCAGUUUGCUGACAGCUCUGUGCCUUUGCUCUUGAUCGGCACCAAGUUUGACCAGAUUCCUGAGAACAAGAAAAAUGAUGUUCUCACGCGGACAGCUUUUCUGUCUGAAGAUUUCAACGCAGAGGAGUUAAACCUGGACUGCACCAACCCAAGAUACCUUGCUGCAGGCACAUCCAAUGCUGUGAAGUUGAGCAGAUUCUUUGACAAGGUUAUAGAGAAGAGAUACUUCACCAGAGAUCCCAGUCAAGUAACAGGUUUCACAGAGAGGAAGCGCUUUAAUUUCAAAAGCCUCCACUAUGAUUGAGACAGCGGACCUCAGCACUGCAGUUUGAAUAAUUCAGACAUUGACUUCAAUGAGAGACAAACACCAUUUGGUUGAUGUUGCAGACUCUCAAUAAACCAAGAAUUUUGUUUUGACGGGAACAUGGAAAAAGGGUUCCCCUACUGUCAGUAGCAGAGAAAAGCAAUGAGUCAUUUCAUUGAAAUUCUGUUUCUAGGUGAACUUUUCUUCUUCUAAUCCCCAAUGAUUUGCUAUGAUAGCAAGUUGGUUAUAUGUUUUGUUUAAAUGACUAACAGCUGUAUGCUUACGCAGUGAGUAUUUUGAAGGAAUUUCUAUUGUUUUGUUUUCCAUUCCUCUUGUUAUCAAUAAUAGAAUAAAAAACGUAUUCAAAUG